AUGAGGGGGGAAGAAGAAAAUGACGCCACGACGUCCCUCACAGUACUGUUGCCACCCGGCGUUUACGCCACAGCCCCGACUGUGGAGGAUGCGUUGGGAGAUGUCACCGUUCGUGACGGCACGGCGAUGGAAGAAAUGAACCCGCAUGAGAGGGUAGAGCCGGCAUUGAUGAGGCGCUUUGAUAGGCAUCGGCGUCUGCGCCGCGCAAUGGCAGCAAGAGAAGCCACCCUGCUGGAAAUCACGCAACUUAUUUUGGAUAAGUCCGCCCCGGAGAGAACCGUGCAGUUCUCUGGGCAGCGCAAGGCAACCGGCGUUGGGUCUCAUCCACUGUCCACCACGCCUGAAAAAGGCACCGGUGCAGAGAACAAGACAAUGAAGUUGUCAAAGGUACCUUGUCCCAACGUGCCGCUUGAAGCAGGGAUGCGGCAGGAUAUUAAUGAGGAAAAACGGUCAAAAUCCAUAGAUAUUGAACAUGCCAAGGAAAGGGCGCAACUUGAAAAACUUGUGUAUGAUCUUCGCCGGGAGUUGGAGGCCGCAGGCCAUACGUUACGCGAUCAGACAGAAGCCUUGAAGUCAGUAGGUAUGGGAAUGGCGCGAAUGGGCCCGCAUCGAAUGGCAAAAACGCAACGCGAGCAAAAGAAGAAAUUGUUGACGGCAUCUGAAUCGUCAAUUGAGGGGGAACCAGGCCCCUGGCGUGAGUUUGAGAACAUUUGUGGACGUGUCAAGACUUUGGAAAGUCUCCUUGCGGCUGAACGAGAUCGUUCUGAGCGCGCGGAGAGGCGAUGUGCGGAAUUACAAGCUACAGCAUUACGGUCAAAAGCCAAAGGGAUGCAGGGCGAUGCAACCGAUGUGGUUGGGGCCGGUGGUGUUUCUUUUUCCGGUUCUUCUGGUGAGAAGCACGGUGCGGUGCUGACGACUGAAACCGAAGGUCGCGAUCGGGAAGUGAAGGCCAAUGAAAAAGGACUUAUGGACAAAGUUCGUGAUUUAGAAGACGCACACCGUGCAGCACGCCGUGUUUGGGGGACUCAGGAGAGAGAAUAUAGGCGCUACAUCCAGGUGCUCGAAGCCGCAAUAUCGCGGAUGGAACGGCGGAUGCCAGUCGAAAAGCCAAGCAAAGCCACGUUGUUCAACCUGACGCUUCGACUUGUGUCCUGUGAGAGACUACUUAACAGGCGCAACAACGGCGCAGGCUCUAUUGAUCCGUUCGUGAUAGUGUACAGUCCAAUUGGCGAAAGGGUAUUGGAGACACUACCGCGAGAAGACACGGACUGCCCCGAGUUUAGCGAGGUGGAUGAUGUUGUGACACUGAAGGCUGCGCGUGGCUCCUCGUGGCACAUUCUCUUUGAAGUUUACUCGCGUGGAACGAAUAAUGUGCGACUUUUCUUGGGUCAAGCGAAGGUCCCCGUGGGGCCGUUGUUGGAGGACGAUAAGUUGGGUCGUGUGCGAAGGCACUCUACGAAACUGAGACUGCGAGAUCGUGAGACGGAUAAUGAGCUUCUGCGGCAAGCCCACUCUUUGGGUACGAUUGUAUUUGACGUGACGACAACUGUUGUGAGUGGUGGUUUGGCCCGCGUGGGUCGUUGGCGUAGCCCGUCACUUUGUCCGGUAGGUCGACUGAUUUCUCCUGGGCGAGAUGGGGAGGAGGAUACAAACCCCAGUGCGGUUAUCAGGAGGAACGAGGGGUGUUUUGCGUCCGUCACGGGUCUCACACUUCGAGUUGCUGCCGCAAAGGGUGUUUUGAAACGCGGGCCGGGAGUGAACUCGAGCCCGUACGUGGUGGCGUACGACGGCUGCACGGGAAGCGAGCUGAUGCGCACUCCACCCGUUUUGGGAACCAGUGAGCCUUCGUGGGAAAGUGAGACUCAAGCCGGCGUUUCUCUUUCUUCUUUGGGGCCCCGUGGAUGCAUCAUAUUUCAUGUUUUUGAUUACGAUGAGAACGGGAGGAGUGAGUUUCUUGGAGAGGCACGUAUUUCAAUGCAUCAGUUGGACUUCGGGAAAGAAUGGCAUGAAGUAAAGUUGUGCCCCCGUGAGGAUGAGCCAAUUGCGUACAUACGGGAGCACCGCGAAAGACUUGGGAAGUUGGUAUUGCAUUGUACACGAGAAAUUCGCUCCAGUAAUGUGGGGUGUACUGAGAAACAGUAUGGGCAUCCGCGGCGGCCCCACAAUUUAUCGCGGUCUUCAAGGGUUCUUUGCGAUGAGUCUGUCUCUGAAAAUGGGAAUACCUUGCUUCAACCCGUGGCUGUUCAGGUUCAUGUAGAAGGGUGCCGUGGUCUUUGGGAUCGACCAGGAAGCGGAAAUAUAUUCGUGCGUAUGGUGGCACCUAACUCGAAUGCAUACGUCACGACUGUUGUGCCCCACACGCCGAACCCCUCAUGGAUGGAAGAAGACGGAUCUGCAACAAUGACAUUGCACCCCUUAGAUCCUGGUGUGAUUGCGUUCCACGUCAUGAUGGGUGACGGGCAGCCAGGAGGGAAGGAGCAGUCGCUGGGUUACGCCCAACUUGCCGUCAGGGAUCUUUUUCUCCUUGGCUUGGGAAAGAAGGAGCUGCAGUUGGAUGUGCACCCUCAAGAAACCGAUUCACGGUUUCGACAGCGUUCUAUCACCGAGCUUGGAAGUAUUGUGGUGUCUUUUACGACCCCGGACGUCAUUCCGGUGAAUACACAUAGAGAGAAGGAAAACUCAGUUGAGAAGCAAACCACAGAAAUCACCGCUGCCGAGACGCCCAAUCAGACAUCUGCGGCCUCUCUUCCGACUUCAUCGUCGAUUUUGAAGCAAACAGAGGAGGUGUUGGGUCCAACCACGUCGUCUCUACGCAUAUUUGUUAAGGAGGGCCAGGAUCUUUUGGACUGUGACCAAGCAAUGUUCAAUGUGAUGGGCGUAACGGAUCCGCGAGUUCUUGUAUGGGUUGGCCCCGACCUUGCCUUCACUGUUCCUGAAAAGCGUGAUACAGUAAACCCCGUGUGGACUCAAGAAGAAGCUGAAUUUAUUCUUCGCGUUCAAUCAACACAGGUCAUUCGGUUUGAGGUACAAGACGUGGACGUGUCUGGAUUUGAUUCCAUGGGAUGUGCCACGAUCCACGCCUCCGAAGUCAUUGAUUCACCCGGUGUGCGCCGUUUGCCCGUGAUGCUUGACGGGAAGCAGUACGGCACGUUGGUUGUCGUUUUUUCGAGAGAUUGUGAGGAUUUUUCUAGUAGUUGA